ACGGAGUUCCUACUUUUCUGGGACCUGGGGGAGAAAUAAACUAUGCCAUUGACUACUCCUUUUUCUCGAGCGCUCUACUGGACGAGCACCGGUACCGCACCUCUGCCAUGGUGGUGAGUUGCGGUCCUGAGCGGAAAGGGGAUUGAUAAAUCUCCGUGGAUCCCCCCCCUUCCUUCGCUCCACCAGGCAGCGUCUUCUCCUCAGAAUCUGGCCAAUUACAAUCGCUUAAGCCUACGAUCCAUUCGUGCGCGGAAAUGACCAAACUCAAAUCCAUCGCGGUCCUCCUCGGAUUCGCUCAUCUCGCCCUCUCUAUCCCGGCCGAUCGUGACCACUACGUGACCUCCAGGGCGACCUUGAUCGAGUGCCUAUCCACAUCCGGUGUCCCUCUGAUCUCCCCUUCAGAUACCGACUAUGCCUCUGCUGUGAGCCCUUACAACCUCCGGCUGCCAUUCUUCCCCGUUGCCGUCGCAGUGCCCACAACAGCAGCGCACGUCUCUUCUGCCCUCAAGUGUGCCGGGAGGUUCAACACAAAAGUCGCUGCGAGAUCUGGAGGUCAUUCCUAUGCUGCGUUUGGACUUGGCGGCGCAGAUGGGAGUUUGAUGAUUGACCUGAAGAAGUUCCGGAACUUGAGCGUGGAGCCUAGCACGAAUAUUGCGACGGUGGGUGCCGGCUUGAGGUUGGGAGAUGUUGCUAGUGGGAUAUAUCAGAUUGCAGGCAGGGCACUGCCGCAUGGAACUUGUCCUGGGGUCGGUAUCUCCGGACAUGCGCUUCAUGGUGGGUUUGGGUACACGUCGCGUAUGUGGGGGACCACUUUGGACAAUAUUGAAGAGAUGGAGGUUGUCCUUGCAAAUGGGGAUAUUGUCAACGUUUCUAAAGGGUCGAACCCGGACUUGUUUUGGGCACUCCGGGGCGCUGGAUCAUCGUUUGGCAUCGUCACAAACUUUAAAUUCAAGACGUACCCUGCGCCAAGUUCGGGCAUCUAUUUCUCCUGGAACUGGAUGUUGGAGAACGAUGCCGAGGGCACCAUCGAGAAAAAGGUCAAAAUAUUCCAGGCCUUGCAAGACUACGGUGAGGCCACCGCUCCUGCUGAGAUGGUGCUCGCAGUGUACACCAUGCCAGCGGACACCCAAUUUCAAGUUUCCGGCGCGUACUGGGGUUCUCGCGCAGACUUCGACAGAGAGAUUGCGCCGCUAGUGGCCAGUUUCCCACAGGACGGCAUACCGGAGGCGUCGAUUACCGAGUAUACAUACAUCGAUUUACUCGUUCUCCUCGCAGGAGCGCAGCCUUUGCCACAACCGGAGGAAUAUACUGCACACGAUACUUUUUUCACAAAAUCCAUUGUCGCCCCCACAAAACUGACCAGCGAAUCCCUGACCUCCUUCUUCACCUUUCACAGCCAAAACGCGGUCAACUCCGAACUCAGCUGGUGGGUCAUCGCAGACUUGUACGGCGGGAAGCACAGCAACAUCCCCACCCAGAACCCGGCCGACAGCAGCUAUGGGAUCCGUGACUCACUUUUCACCUUCCAGCUGUAUUCCUUCGUAAACGCUGGGGUCACCUAUCCGCCUUCGGGAAUCCAGUUUAUGGGCGAGUUGUCGCGGAGCAUGACCAACGCGCAGCCUGGGACAAGGUUUCAAGCUUAUUCGAAUUAUGUGGAUCCGUCGCUCUCGCCAAGCGAGGCGCAUGACCUUUAUUACGGUCAGAAUUAUGAGAGACUGAAUAGGCUAAAGGGGGUAUACGAUCCGAACCUUUUGCUGUGGAAUCCCCAGGCUAUCGGGACUUCGUAG